AUGUUUAUAAGGACCGCCUCUAGUAUUUAACCACCACACCCAUCUCAUACUGCAUUGCAGGGACUGUUCUGCACAUCAUCUUAGCUCUGUUGCUUGUAAAGGAAGUCCAGGAUGGCUUUGGUCUCUGAGUUCUUGGGUCAGCUCACUUUGACGCUGGGUGGAGAGGAAACCUACCCCACUGUGGUCCCCGAGCCUAACUUUGACCCCGAUAAAGAUGCUGCGAGAAUCGAGACCGCUAUCAAAACUAAAGGGGUGGAUGAGCACACCAUAAUUGAUGUUCUCACCAAACGGACAUAUAACCAAAGGCGGGAGAUUGCUUUUGCAUAUGAGAGGAGAACCAAGAAGGAUAUGAUCACAGCUCUUAAGGCGGCGCUGUCUGGUCAACUGGAGACUGUUAUUUUAGGGCUUAUGAAGAGCACCGCCCAGUACGAUGCCUCUGAGAUCAAAGCCUCUAUCAAGGGUCUGGGAACAGAUGAGGAGUCAUUGAUCGAGAUCCUUUGCUCCCGAAGCAGCGCAGAGCUGGUUGAAAUUAAGAGAGUCUACAAGGAACUCUUCAAGAAGGACCUGGAGAAAGACGUGGCUGGAGAUACUUCAGGAGACUUUGCGAAACUUCUGCUGGCUCUGGUUUCGACCAAGAGAGAUGAACCCAGCUCCGUUGUUGACUUCCAAAAAAUCGAUGAUGAUGCCAGAGCCCUGUAUGAUGCUGGAGUGAAGAUAAAAGGCACGGAUGUGAAGACCUGGAUUUCCAUAAUGUCACAGAGAAGCGUCCCUCAUCUCCAGAAAGUAUUUGACAGAUACAAGAGCUACAGCCCGUAUGACAUGCAGGAGAGCAUUCGCAAGGAGGUGAAAGGAGAUCUGGAGAAGUCUUUCCUUACGUUGGUUCAAUGCUUUGAAAACAAACAGCUCUACUUCGCCAACAGACUGCAAGACGCUAUGAAGAGCAAAGGAGCGAAGGAAAAGGUGCUGACCCGAAUCAUGGUGUCCCGAUGUGAGGUGGACCUGAAGAAAAUAAGACAAGAGUUUAAGGCCCACCAUGGACAGUCUUUGUACAAGACUAUAGCUGAGCACACAAAGGGAGACUACCAGAGGGCUCUGUUGAGUCUGUGCGGAGGAGACGAUUAAAGUGAACUGUCAUGACUCCCGGCGAUCUCUUGAGGAAGGACCACGAGAAUGACUUGAGUUCUGCCAGCCUGAUCUCACGACAAUUCCUACAUAUUAUACGAGUUGGCUAAAUCGUAUGAAUUCAUACGAAGUGAAUCGUGCAUGAAACACUAAUCCCAACAUCACAGGGGCAAAGGGGGUCGUACAAAUGCCCACCUCGUAAAAUACGUAUGAAUUGCCAUGAGAUAGCGUUGGUUCUGCACACACAGAUUAAGACAUAGAAAUCAUGUGCCUGAUCUUGAUAUAGUCCUUGCCCUGCUGCAGCUUUAUGCACUCGCAUUCGCUUAGACUGGAAAUGUGGUUUCCAUUUCCAAUCGAAUUGCAAAAUUCCUUUUGGAGAUCUAACUGCUGCAUUCGUUUUGUGCCUGUUUAGAAUUAACAACUGACUGAAAUUAGCAAUAAUUUGCAUUUUUUUAAAGAUUGCAUUUAUAUAUAUACACACAUGUUCUUUCCCAGGCAGAAAUGAGUAAUGCAUUUUGUAUACUGAGAAAUAAAAAAGUAACAAAA